UUCCUAAAUAAAAAAUAAGUCACGUCGGAUAGCGUAAUAAGCCGGUAGUAGUGAGAUAAAAUGAAAUAAGCUUAAAAUUGUGUUAUCAUCCCACUUGUUAAACCUGCAUCGAGGAACCCAGUUUUUUUGUUCUUAGCUGUAAGUCUGCUGCCAUUAUCUACCCACUCGUUUUCUUUGCCCACCUUGGAGUAAUUUGACUUGACCUUAGAAAGGUCGUCUUUCCCAUUUGUUACGAAGGGAAACUUCUUGGUUAAAGUCGCUUCAAUUUUGGCAAUCACCAAAAUCAGGCUUUAGUUUAGCUUUCAGGGAUGGAUAGAAGGCGUGAUGAAGAAAAUAAUAAUGUAGUUGCAGUCUACGAAGCCUCGUUGAAUGGCUGUGUAAGCACCUUGAACACGUCGAUCCAAAGGGAUGCAAUGCUUCUUCAUAAAAUCUCGUUGACAUCCUUCGCUGAAACCCCCUUACAUAUAGCAGCUUUGCUUGGCCAUGUCGAAUUUACUGGAGCUCUUCUCAGCAAGAAACCAAAUCUUGCUAAUGAAGUUGACUCAUUGGGUCGAACCCCCCUUCACUUGGCUUCUGCAGAAGGUCACACCGAGAUUGUAAAGUUAUUGCUGCCAACAAAUGCAGAAAUUUGCCUAGUUUGUGAUGAAGAUGGAAGAAUUCCUCUCCAUUUAGCCGCAAUGAGAGGACGAAUGGAGGCGAUGAAAGAGUUGCUUUUUGCCAAACCAGACUCGAUCAGGGUGGAGCUCGAUGGCUGUAAGGUUUUUCACUUGUGUGUUCAAUAUAAUCAUUUGGAUGCUCUGAAACUACUUGUGGAAUCCUCCAUUAAUGAGGAUGAUUUCCUCACCUCCAAAGACAGUGACGGUAACUCAAUAUUGCAUUUAGCCACCAUGCUCAAGCAAACGAAGACCAUAAAAUACUUGCUGUCAAUAUCGGAAAUAAAAAGAGAGGUCAAUGCCACGAACAGAAUGGGUUACACAGCGUUGGAUGUCUUAGAGUUCUCUCCUAGAGACUUCAAAUAUCUUAGAAUCCAAGACAUUUUCAAAGAAGCUGGCGCAAGAAGAUGCACGAAUCUGAUGAUCAGUACUUCUUCCUCAUUAGGACCAACAGUACGCCCAGGUGCUGAAGCACAAACAGCACAAAACACCUUUAAUGAAGCAGUACAAGCAUCUCAAUCAUCAAGGUUUCUCCGGUCGUGGUCAUGGGUUGAAUAUCUGAGACACCAAGGUAAUUGGAUGGAAGAGAGACGAGGCACAUUGAUGGUAGUGGCGACUGUGAUUGCAACCAUGGCUUUCCAAGCUGGGAUCACCCCACCAGGUGGUGUUUGGCAAGAAAACACAACCAAGGGGGGGUUUUAAUUGUUCACAACCUGAGUGUGAAGCAGGCACUGCAGUUUUGUCUUAUGCUUGGCCGCUAACUUACCUAAUAUUCUUGGCUUUCAACAGUGUCUCUUUCGUUGCAUCUCUAUGUGCCAUGCUUCUGAUAAUAAGCGGAUUUCCUCUGAGGAACAAGUUUGCUAUAUGGUUAACAUCAGCCAUGAUCACUACCGUCACGUUCAUGGCACUCACCUAUAUUUUCGCAGUGGUUUUGGUCACCCCACGUUUUCUGCUGCCUAAAUUUGAUUUUAUGGUUGGCUUCUCAACAGUCACUUGGAUUGAAUUGCUCGUCAUUCUUGUUGUGGUUCACGCAAUCAGCCUAUAUUGGAUGGUGAAAAAAAUACGCAAAUCCACGCACAGGUCUAAUAUUAGCGGGUCCAGUACUAGAUCAUGACAUGGUCAAUGUCUAACAGGAAAUAUUGUGGCAUACAAUUUUUUUAUGGAGUAUGAUGCAAUGUAAUAUAUUGAUUAAUGCUUUUAAUGGCGUUUUGUUUUU